CAGCGCCGUAAGCCUUUUUAACGUUUGUUACCGGGGGAUUCUUGUGAGUACCUGUUUGGGGCCCUUGUGCUUUCUGCGGACCUCUUUGGGAGGACACAUAGAUACAUCAGAAGCACACAAUGGAACCGGUGGCCUUUGCGGAUGUAGGUGUGAUCUUCACUGUAGAAGAGUGGGCUGUGUUGGAUUCUGGUCAAAAGAAGCUCUACAGAGAUGUGAUGAAGGAAACAUUUUUGAACCUGAUCUCCAUAGAGGGAACACUAGAAGAAAAUAUUGAAGAGGACCACAGAGAUCUCAGCCGAAAUCUGGGAAUUCAAGUGGUUGAGAAAGACUGUGGAUAUCAGCGUGAUACUGAGUGUGAUGAAAACCAGGAAUCUACUCCAGAGAAUAUGGUUAAUCAUGACGCGCCUCCUGCAAAAACAGUAUAUGAAAGCAGAUUACUUGAAAGGAAUGUCAUUGAUGAUUCAUCCUUACAAGUUUAUCAAAGAGACCAAAGUAGAAGCAGUGAAUUUCAAUGUCAGGAAGCUGUGGUGUCUUCACAGCUUCAGUCUUUUAAACCAACGAAACAUUGGGAAGAUAUCAGUCAUUCUGAAUCACUGCAGGUACUUGAAACCUCUCCUAGAGACAAACCUUAUAAAAACCAACAAUGUAAUGAAGCCUGUAGGAGUCUUCCUUCUGAUCAGCCUCAGGAGAGAACUCACACUGGAGAUAAUAAACUCAGUGAAAACAUCUUAAAGAGAUGUGCAUGUGACCAGAAGGAUCACGGGAUCCACACAGGAGUGAAACCCUUUGUGUGUGAGCAUUGUGAAGAAGCUUUCAUUGAGUCCAGCGACCUCGGCAGCCAUGAAAAAAGUCAUCUUGGAGAGAGAAGUUACAUUUGUAAGCAACAUGAGAAAACAUGUUUUGAGAAACAGGAAGUAACUCACAGAGAAGUAAAGCCUCAUGAAUGUAAGCAUUGUGGAAAAGCUUUCACCCAUUCUAGUAAUUGUAACAUUCACGAAAGAAGUCACUGUGCUGAGAAACCUUAUGCACAUAAGCAUUGUGAAAAAACCUUCACCAGUUCCAAUUCUUGUAACACUCAUGAAAGAAUCCACACUGGAGAGAAAUUGUAUACAUGUAAACAUUGUGACAAAACCUUUGCCACUUUGAGUUCUUAUGACACGCAUGAAAGAGUUCACACUGGAGAGAAGCCUUGUGCAUGUAAGCACUGUGGAAAAACUUUCACCAUUCCCGGUCUGCAUAACUGCCACGAACAAAAUCAUAAUGUAAAGACUUCUUAUGCCUGUAAACAUUGUGGAAAGGCUUUCAACAGUUCCGAGCACUGUAAAAUUCAUGAAAGAACUCACACGGGAGAGAAUAUUUAUGCAUGUAAACAUUGUGGGCAAGUCUUCAGCACUUCUUAUUAUCGUAACAUUCAUGAAAGGAUUCACACUGGAGAGAAGCCUUACUCGUGUGAGCACUGUGGAAAAGCCUUUACCCGCUCCAUUUAUCUUAAGAGACAUGAAAUCAUUCAUACUGGAGAUAAGCCUUAUGCAUGUAAGCAUUGCGAGAAAAGCUUCUCCACCUCGUGUUAUCGUGACCUUCAUGAAAGAAUUCACACUGGAAAGAAGCCUUAUGCAUGUCAGCAUUGUGGGAAAGCCUUCAGGAGUUCUUCUGGUCAAAAGAGACAUGAAAGAAUUCACUCUGAAAAGCUUUAAGUACGGAAUCAUUGUGGAAAUGGCUUGACUAGUUCUACAUACCAUUCAUGAAAGAGUUCAUACUGGUGAGAAACCUUGUGAGUGUAUUCUUGUGGCAAAACCUUUGCCAUUUUGAGUUCCUGUCAUAAUCAUAAAAGAAUUCACAUGUAAGCAUUAUGGAAAAACUUUUGCCCGAUCCAGUUAUCUUAACAUUCAUGAAAGGAGUCACAGUGGAGAGAAAGUGUAAAUAAAAACCCGAGUCUUGAAAGUUGUAUUCUGACAAUCACAGAUAAAUCCCAAUAAAUACAUACACAGAGACAUACAAGUGAGUAAUGAAGUGAAUAAAAUGUUCAAAGCAGUGGAAACAAAAACUAAUAGAUACAUUUUUAAAUGUAGAAACCUUUUUUGUUGUUCUGUUUUGAUUUUUGAGACAGGUUUUUGUGUGUGUGUGUAAGAGUGUGUAAAACGGCUCUAGCUGUCCUGGAACUAGCUCUGUAGACCAGGCUGGCCUCAAACUCAGAGAUUCGCCUGCUUCCGCCUCCCAAGUGCUGGGAUUAAAGACUUGUGCCACCACCACCCAGAAAAAGUGUAAUACCUAACUCAUGAUAUGUGACUCUAUAUAUGAUAAAAACCACUUACAGGAUGUGGAAUAAUGUCUGUUUUGCCCCCUAUGGCUAGGACAGUACCUUUGGAUACAACUAUACUAGUGUUCUGAGUGAGAAUGGGCCCAGAGGCUCAUAAGUUUGAAUACUGGGUUUCUAACUGAAGUGGGUACUAACUGAGAAUAGGUAGGAGGUAUGACCUGUUGGAGAACAUCUGUCACUCUACGGAAGUUUUAAGGUGAUACAAAAGAUAUUGACACUCCCAGUGUAUUCUCUCUGCCUCCUUAUUAUGGGAUAGCAUGGCCAUUCUUUGCUAUCACAGAUACACUCUGUAACUGCAAGCCAAAUAUAACACUUGCUUUUAAAACUUGUUUUAGCAGUUGUGAUCCAUCACAGCUAUAGAAAACACAACCUUCUUUGGACCUUAAGAAGAUCCAUCCAAAUCCAGUCAAGGGAAUUUUCAUUGCAAAACUGUUUUUAAAAAAAAAAAAACUACAUGUCAUUUUGAAUAUGAUUAAAAAAAUUGUUUUCAUGUAUUUGAAUCUCAUGUAAGAUAUAAUACUUUCUGGAAGUUACUCCAGAAUAUUUUAGAAAUGAACAGUUUGAGGAAAGUAUAGUCAAAUUCUGAGCAUUUUUGUUAUUGGCCCAUUCUUUCACAGGAGUUUUGCUUUCAUUACAUUUUUAUUAAGGCAAGAUGUGGUUUCUUUUAGUCCAGGUUAUCUUUUCAUGUCUGAGGAUUUAGAGCCAGAAACCACAAAUGAAAGAGAAGAGAGAUUUAUCUUUCUGAAUAUGGGUUAAUGGACUUGUUUUCUAUAUUUCUUGAUUCUAUAUGUCAAACCAUUUUCUGAUUUAAGAUUUCUUUAUAGCUGAAUGGUGUUCCAUUGGUGAUUAGAGAGGAGGCUGGGGAGGGCACUAGCUGGAUGUGAGGGCUGUGAUGAGAAAAAUGGGAAGACUGGAGGCAGAAAUUUCUAGUCGGGCACAGGGUGGGAAAGAUGAAUACAGGAAAGAGGAACAAAUACCAAUGUUUGAUAAUGCUUAAGAGUUGUUAUUUUGCACAUACCUAAAGUUAUAUACAAUACAUAAUAGUGCAACUGAGAUUAUGUAUCGCACAUGGAUAUACGUACAUGUGUAUAUUAAAUGACGUAUCAUUUGACUUUGUAGUGCCUCCUCCCAAGAAUCCUGCACUAAUAAAAACACCAGUAUGA